AAGCACGCCAACCGUAUCACGAUUCAAGGGUUGCAGCUUUCAGUUACACUUUCCCGUUGGCUGCCGUGGGUUAGCUCCACCUUCCAGUCUCGUCCAUUGCACGCAGAUCUUGAAGUUCCUCGAUUAACCGAAGCCUAAUCAAGGAAAUGGGAAGCUCAGGAUUCUCAUGGAAAUUGCCCGAUCAUCCCAAGCUUCCUAAGGGCAAGCCCGUAGCCGUCGUCGUUCUCGAUGGAUGGGGCGAGGCCACUCCAAAUCAGUACAACUGCAUCCAUACAGCUGAAACACCUACCAUGGAUUCCCUCAAAAACGGCGCUCCUGAAAAAUGGAGAUUGGUCAGAGCUCAUGGAACUGCAGUAGGGCUUCCAUCCGAGGAUGAUAUGGGUAACAGUGAAGUCGGUCACAAUGCUCUUGGAGCAGGACGUAUUUUCGCUCAGGGUGCGAAGCUUGUUGACAUUGCUCUUGCCUCUGGAAAAAUUUUUGAGGGUGAAGGUUUCAAGUACAUAAAGGAAUGUUUUGAAACUGGCACACUGCACCUCAUUGGGUUACUUAGUGAUGGUGGAGUUCAUUCCCGACUUGAUCAAUUACAGUUGUUGCUCAAAGGGGCUGGUGAACGUGGCGCUAAAAGAAUCCGUGUCCAUAUCCUCACUGAUGGCCGUGAUGUUUUGGAUGGCUCUAGCGUGGGAUUUGUGGAAACUCUCGAAAAAGAUCUUGAAGCAUUGCGCCAGAAAGGUAUUGAUGCAAGGGUUGCAUCUGGAGGAGGUCGCAUGUAUGUUACAAUGGACCGUUAUGAGAAUGACUGGAAUGUGGUGAAACGAGGGUGGGAUGCCCAAGUUCUUGGUGAAGCACCCCAUAAAUUUGCAAAUCCUGUUGAAGCUGUCAAGAAACUGAGGGAGGAUCCAAAGGCCAAUGAUCAGUACUUACCCCCUUUUGUUAUUGUUGAUGAGAAUGGGAAGCCUGUUGGUCCUAUAGUUGAUGGCGAUGCUGUUGUUACCUUCAACUUUCGUGCAGAUCGUAUGGUUAUGAUUGCUAAGGCUCUUGAAUAUGAAAACUUUGACAAAUUUGAUAGAGUUCGUUACCCAAAAAUCCACUAUGCUGGAAUGCUUGAAUAUGACGGUGAAUUGAAACUUCCAAGUCAUUACCUUGUUUCUCCACCAGAGAUUGAUAGGACUUCUGGUGAAUAUUUAGUGCAUAAUGGUGUCCGGACUUUUGCUUGCAGUGAGACUGUCAAAUUUGGACAUGUGACAUUCUUCUGGAAUGGAAACCGUUCUGGGUAUUUUAACCCGGAGUUGGAGGAAUAUGUGGAAAUUCCUAGUGACUCUGGGAUCACAUUCAAUGUCCAACCAAAAAUGAAGGCGUUGGAGAUUGCUGAAAAGGCAAGGGAUGCUAUUCUAAGCAAAAAAUUUGAUCAGGUACGUGUUAAUUUACCAAAUAGUGACAUGGUGGGGCAUACAGGUGACAUUGAAGCAACAGUUGUGGCUUGCAAGGCAGCUGACGAGGCUGUGAAGAUGAUCCUUGAUGCGAUAGAGCAAGUGGGUGGAAUUUAUGUUGUCACUGCUGACCAUGGAAAUGCUGAGGACAUGGUGAAGAGGGAUAAAUCUGGAAAACCUCAACUUGACAAGGAGGGAAAGAUCCAAAUUCUCACAUCCCACACUCUUCAGCCUGUGCCUAUUGCAAUUGGAGGUCCUGGUCUGUCACCUGGUGUCAGGUUCAGACAAGAUCUUCCCCAGGGUGGGCUUGCUAAUGUUGCUGCCACUGUGAUGAAUCUCCAUGGAUUUGAGGCUCCAAGCGACUAUGAACCAACUCUCAUAGAAGUGGUUGACAACUAGGGUAAAAAUAUCUGAGAAUUUUUACUAUCAGAAACGAGUUAGUUUUAGCUUUUAAUUGAAUAAUUGACAAUUCUUGCCCCACUAUACUUCAAUGUGGGUUUUUGUCUUUUUAAGUUAUUGUCUGUAUUAUCCUGGGCUGGUGAACGAGGAUCACUUAGUAAUGCGGCUCUUUUUGUCGGACUCCGAUGGUUUUUAAUAUACGAAGUUUUGUUA